GAGAGCCAUACACCCCUCACCUGCACACACACACACAACACACAUACACCCACAUACACACUCGCCCCACGCCUUUCACCUCCUGCACCGUCCCCCCUUCAUUCCUGCGCACAUCUCCGGCUAGUCUGACCGGAUGAGUUACCCGGUGGAUACGGUUGGGAGUCCCUUCAGGAGAACGAUGGAUACUAGGACCACCGGCUACGGCUACAGCCGCUCCGGCAGCACCCCCUCCAGCGGUUUUCGCUCCCAGUCUUGGUCCCGGUCAAGCCCCGGCUCCACCAUGACCACUUCCUACAAGAGGAGCGUGAAUAUGCCGGUGUCCCGAGCUUACGGCUCAACGGUGCUCAGCUCCGCCGACAGCGUUGAUUAUAGUCAAACCUCCAUGCUGAACGGAGACUACAAGCGAUCCAACGAGAAAGAGCAACUUCAAGGGCUCAACGACCGGUUUGUUGUUUACAUUGACAAGGUGCACUACCUGGAGCAGCAGAACACGCAGAUCGAGGCGGAGAUCCAGGCACUGCGGCAGAAGCAGGUGUCUCGCUCCCAGCUGGGCGACCUCUAUGACCAGGAGCUGCAGGAGUUGCGCUCCAUGCUGGAGCAGAUCCACCAUGAAAAGGCGCAAAUCCAGCUCGACACCGACCACAUCGAGGAGGACAUCCAGCGGCUCAGGGACCGCUUUGACGAAGAGGCGCGCAUCCGGGAGGAGACAGAGGCCAUCAUCCGCGUCCUGAAGAAGGACAAGACCGACUCGGAGUUGUUGAAGUCCGAGUUGGAUAAGAAAGUUCAGUCGCUGCAGGAUGAGGUCGCCUUCAUCCGCAACAACCACGAGGAAGAGGUGAGCGAGCUCAUCGCCCAGAUCCAGGCGUCUCAGGUGACCGUGAAGAGGAAAGACCUCCAGAAGACGGACAUCACCGAGGCUCUCCGGGAGAUCCGCUGCGAGCUGGAGGGCCACUCGAACCAGAACCUGCAGCAGGUGGAGAACUGGUUCAUGUGCCGCUACACCAAGCUCACCGAGGCUGCGGAGCAAAACAAGGACGCCAUCAAGUCUGCCCGCGAUGAGAUCUCCGACUACCGUCGCCAGCUGCAGUCCAAGACCGUGGAGUUGGAGUCUGUCCGCGGGACAAGGGACUCACUGGAGAGGCAGCUGAAUGACAUCGAGGACCGCCACAACAGCGACCUGUCCAGCCUGCAGGAGACAAUUCACCAACUGGAUAAUGAGCUCAAGAGCACCAAGUGGGAGAUGGCGCGUCACCUGCGCGAGUACCAGGACCUGCUCAAUGUCAAGAUGGCCUUGGACAUCGAGAUUGCUGCAUACAGGAAACUCCUAGAGGGCGAGGAGACCCACUUCAGCACUUUCCCUUAUCGCCACAUUGUCAGCCCCACCAAAAUCUCAAAGCCUAAAUCAGACACUAAGCUCAAGGUGCAGCACAAGUUUGUGGAGGAGAUCAUCGAGGAGACGAGGGUGGAGGAUGACAAGUCUGACAUUGACGAGGCCCUGGCAGAGAUAGCGCAAGAGCUGUCUGCCACACUCGGAGGAGGAGGAGAUGAAGGAGAGGAAGAUGAGGGGGAAGAAGGAGGCGAGGGAGAGGAAGCAGAGGGUGAAGGGGAAGAAGAAGAGGGAGAAGGAGAGGGAGAGGGAGAGGGCGAGGAAAUUGUAGCCGCCACUGAAGCCAAAGUUAGUGCUAGCGCACCCACUAAAGAGGAAGAGGAGGAAGAAGAGGAGGAAGGAAAGGGUGAUGAUGAGGAAGAAGAGGCAGAGGGAGAAGGUGGUGAAGAAGGAGAAAAGGAUGAGGAAGGUGAGGGUGAGGAUGAGGGAGAGGAUGAGGGAGAGAAAGGUGAUGAUGCAGAGGGAGGUGAUGAAGGAGAAGAGGGAGAAGAGGGGGAUGAGGAAGUUGAGGAGACAGUACUGUGCUCCAAAGCUCCAGAGUCUAAAGCCUCUCCUGACAAAGAGAAGGCCGGAGACAAAGAGGGAAGCGGAGGAGAAGAGGAGGCUGCUGCUGAAGAGGAGGGAGGCGAUCAGGAUGGAGAUGACAAAGCAUCCAAAAGUGGAGAUGAGAAAGAGGAAAAAGAGGACGCAGACAAAGACACAAAGGAAGACAGUGAAAAAGAUGAGAAAGUAAAGGAUGAGAAAGCGGACGACAAAUCAGAAGAAGUUGUAGCCAAGACAGAAGCUCCCAAAACAGAAGCUGCAAAGCCUGAGGCCAAGAAGGAAGAGGCCGCCAAAACUGAGGAAUCAAAACCUGACUCUCCCAAGCCUGAAUCCCCAAAGUCUGAAUCACCUAAACCUGGAUCCCCCAAAUCUGAAUCCCCUAAACCUAGCUCCCCCAAGUCUGAAUCCCCUAAAGCUGGCUCUCCCAAGUCUGAAUCACCCAAACCUAGCUCUCCCAAGUCUGAAUCACCUAAACCCAGCUCCCCCAAGUCUGAAUCACCUAAACCUAGCUCCCCCAAGUCUGAAUCCCCUAAACCUGGCUCUCCCAAGUCUGAAUCACCCAAAGCUAAGUCUCCUAAAUCUGAAAUUCCCAAGCCUUUAACUCUGAAGCCCGAGUCCCCCAAAGAAGGCUCACCGAAAGCUGGAUCCCCAAAACCUAGCUCCCCAAAAGCAGAGUCCCCCAAACCCGAAUCUCCCAGAGCUGAAUCCCCAAAGACAGAGCCCGCCAAGCCUGAGACCCUUAAAGCUGCUGAAGAGAAAUCAGAGAAAAAGAGCGAAUCAACAGAUGACAAGCCGGCAGAAAAGAAGGAUGUGGCCAUGAACGGAGACAUAGACAAGAGCAGCCCAGAAGAGAAAGACAAGAAGGAAAUCGACGGGCUGGCUAACGGCGUGGACGAGAGCCCCGUGAAGGAAGACGGCAGCCAGAAAGUGGUGAUCACCAAGACAGUGGAGACCAUCACCACAGGAGAGGACGGAUCCAAGCAUGUCACCAAAUCAGUCACUGUGACCGAGACUGUGAAGGAAGAGGUGGAGGAGGUCAUCCAGGAGAAGCUGGUCUCCACCAAGAAGUCAGAGAAGCACUCCACCCAGUCCAUCAAGCAGGUGACCGAGGCCGAAUGAGCCGAGCGACCGACGGCCGACCCGGUGGAGCGGAGGAGAGGACACCAAGACAAGCAAUCAACCCAGAACUAACAUAACAAAGAAAAUCAUACAGCUAGAGCGAUGUAAUUAAAGAUAACCACUCUUAAACAUACAAAAACAAAACAUAGAGAGAAGCCAAAAUGCUAUAAAGUUCAAAAACUGCAUGUUGAGUGACAGCUUUAAAAACGGGGGCUUCGCUGCAGACGCGGUCAGGAGCAAGCGACUGGGACAUUUUAACCUCUUUUUCUUUCUUUCUGCAGUUCACGGGCGAGCUCACGGGGGAGUGAGAGAGGGAGGGAGGGAGGGGCGGGUCUGUGCAUGCUAGCUCAGGAGAGGGGAAGUACUUUCCUCUCUUAUCUGUAUGUAUGGUAGAAAUACACUGUAAAAAGAGUAAAUGUGUAAAAGGAAUCAAUGAAAUGUGGGUGCGAGAGUGAGAGAAAUAUUCUUAAAGUUGAGAGGUUUUUUGGGUUUAAGUAUAAAAGGGGGGCGGGGACAGAAAGGUGGGAGGGUCCUCUACACGGACAUGUUCUCUACUGAAGACGCCUUAAUUGACACGUGAAGAUACCAACUGAGCCAAAAAGAAACUAACAACAAUUACACAACGUACAGAGAAGAAUGAGAAGGGGCAGCGAUAUGAUAAACACAUGACCAUAUACAUCCAGUAACUGAAGCAGUUAAAAGCUUAACGAAACCUGAAGAAACUCCUAGCCUUAAACAUGCUUUUUAUCAGUGUCUGUUAUGUUUACCUGAGUGCAACUGAAAAAAAAACACUGUAAAUGCGCAGAUUCAUGCAUUCUUGUAUGCAUAGGAUGGACUUGAAUUUAAAUACAGAAAUAAAUGAGGUGCUACUGUUUGCAAUCCCAUGACUUUACUCAUCAUGAACGAUUUCCCAGCAGCAUUUGCUCAAUAAAUGUCAUAAUGAAGUCAAAAAA